AUCCAAAUGUCAGAGUAGUAAAUUUUGGGGCGAAUUUUAGCAUUCUUUAGCGUUUCACUUUCAUGACACGGUUAGUCGGAUGAUCAAAGUUUAAACUAACCGUCCGAUAGCACAAAAAUGCGCCUAAAAACAAUGUAUUAACCCCCCAAAACCUUUUGAACCUAUCAAUCUAAUAGAGCCUGUAAUCGCGUACAAUGGAUGACGAGGAAGAGAAGAUGUGCCUUUUAUCCGAGCAUGAGGACUGUGGUGCGGGCAUUGCAGCGGCAGUUGGCGGCCAACACGACGAUGAGCAAGAACAGGAAGAGGUCCAAUUCGCACACUCCGAUCAACCAGACCCCCAAGAGCCUAAUCAGAUACUAGGAGGCCCUAUCGAUUCAGACGCCGUAAUGGUUGUAAAUGAUAUCAUCUCAGAUAUUGAAGACAAACCGUGCUCGGGGCUCCCCACUUCACGAAGUCUUCCCACCGCCAUUCACGGUUACGAGUGCGACGAAGAUGAUCCCAUCUCUGGCGACAAAGAGGAGGAUGGAAGCGGUGCCGAGUGUCAUCGUUGUGUCAGCCCCAGGCCGUCGUCCAUGUCGUUUCGAGAGUCUCGAGGUGGGCGUGGAGGUGAACCGCUCAUUGUGGAUGUCCAUUUGCCCCCACAACGCCAUGCCGAACAACAACGGGCACCACCUUCCGUUCCUCUGCGGCCUUGCAAGCACGCUAUCAAUCGAUCUCAAAAAUGCAUUUCGGACGUUACGAACAUCAAGUCGAGGCCUAAGGACGAUCGGACAAGCGAUGAGAUGUCGGUGUCGGGGGUGUCUCAAAAUGAAUCGAAUGAAGUGUUCGAUAAGAUUGAAACAGUGACUGAGCAUCCGACAGCCACUCAUUUCCCAGUGAGCGAUUCUAAUGGAGCCUCCACUAGCAUGGGCACGAACUCUUUGGAAUCGUUUAAGAACCGAUUUCGAUUCGCCUCGGAGUCGGCAGCAUCAUUCGUCUUGCAUAAUUUACCGGCCUCAAUCAAGGCUGGCUUCGACUUUAAGGAAACCAAGGACACGUUUCACCACCAUAACCACAGAGACAAGAUUGAUAUCAACCACGACGAAGGCAUUAUGGAGCAACUCAUGCAGUACAACGGAAUUGACCCCAACUGUCCGGACGAUUUUCCUCCCAAUUCGCCUGCGGGAUCAAAAUCGAAAUACACCAAAGUUCCUACCGAAAACAUGGACUACUACGACAUCGGCGAUUACGAGGGCUAUGGCGGUAACAAUCGAGGGCAAAGCUCAUCCAUGGGCCAAUAUCAAGAUCUCCCUCGCUCGGGGUUUCUUUUCCUUCCAGAAAACGACCCCUACGCCAGUAUGGGCUCGAUUGGGUCGCCCGCGCAUCACAAUUUCCACAAGGAUGAUUUUGAGAAUGGUUGUGGCUUGUCGCAGUCCUCAUCCAUAAUGUCGAUGCCCGUGUGCCGUAUCUGCCAAUUGCCCUCACUUGAACCGAGCAAUCCCUUAAUUUCGCCGUGCAGAUGUCUAGGAUCGAUUCGUUACGUUCAUAACAACUGCUUGUUGAAAUGGUUGGAGGUGUCAAGUCGACGACGGAGUGGGCCGCCCUGCUGUGAGUUAUGUCAGUAUCCAUAUUUACGGCACAAGAAGUUCGUGAUUUCGAAUUGGCGAUAUCCAGAAUGCUCGCUUCGGGACAAAGUUUUGCAUAGUUUCUUCUUAUUCUGCAUUAUAAUGAUGAUAGGUUGUGCCGCAGUGACAAUCACAUGCUUCAAAGAGGCUCGUUGGCCAUAUCAUCCCCCUCCAAAUAAGUAUCAGCAGGGCGAGUUGAGUCCCCCAGAAAUGAUCUCUUUACUUUGUGCUAUCCUCUUCUUCUCCGCGUUCUUCCUGGCAAUGUAUGUCGAGCUCAAAGCCAAACACACCGUCUACCAAUUGCUCUGCAAAUUCUUCUACAUGAACCAUGAAUGGUCGGUGGAGGAAUACGAUCGGAAACGCGAUAUCAUAGCCAAGAAAGCGGCGGUUGACGCUUCAGCUUGAUUGAGCCGCUUCGGUAUGCAGCCCAUUUUCAGUGAAUGACGACUAAACGUAGUGUCGAUCAUCCUUACCCUGAUUCAAUUCAAUUAGCAUAAAACAGUUUGUAGGCUUUUCUUUAAUUGCACUACUGAAAAUAAAUUCGUCAAGGAGAA